AUGCCUUCUUGGAUCGGGGCUGUAAUUCUUUCCCUCUCGGGGCUGCUGCUGUCCCUCCCGGCGGCCGGAGCGGAUGUGAAGGCUCGGAGCUGCGGCGAGGUCCGCCAGGCAUACGGUGCCAAGGGAUUCAGCCUGGCGGACAUCCCCUACCAGGAGAUCGCAGGGGAACAUCUAAGAAUCUGUCCUCAGGAAUAUACAUGCUGCACCACAGAAAUGGAAGACAAGUUAAGCCAACAGAGCAAACUCGAGUUUGAAAACCUUGUAGAAGAGACGAGCCAUUUUGUACGCACCACCUUCGUGUCCAGGCACAAGAAAUUUGAUGAAUUUUUUCGAGAGCUCCUGGAGAAUGCAGAAAAGUCACUAAAUGAUAUGUUUGUACGGACCUAUGGAAUGCUGUACAUGCAGAACUCAGAAGUGUUCCAGGACCUCUUCACAGAGCUGAAAAGAUACUACACAGGGGGCAAUGUGAAUCUGGAGGAGAUGCUCAAUGACUUCUGGGCUCGUCUGCUGGAGCGGAUGUUUCAGCUGAUAAAUCCUCAGUAUCACUUCAGCGAGGACUACCUGGAAUGUGUGAGCAAAUACACAGACCAGCUGAAGCCGUUUGGAGAUGUGCCCCGGAAACUGAAGAUUCAGGUCACCCGCGCCUUCAUUGCUGCUCGGACCUUUGUCCAAGGCCUCACUGUGGGCAGAGAAGUUGCCAACCGAGUUUCCAAGGUGAGCCCAACGCCGGGGUGCAUCCGUGCUCUCAUGAAGAUGCUGUACUGCCCGUACUGCCGAGGCCUUCCCACUGUGAGACCCUGCAGCAACUACUGCCUCAAUGUCAUGAAGGGGUGCCUGGCCAAUCAGGCUGACCUCGACACGGAGUGGAAUCUGUUCAUAGAUGCAAUGCUCUUGGUGGCAGAGAGACUGGAAGGGCCAUUCAACAUUGAAUCGGUCAUGGACCCCAUAGAUGUCAAGAUUUCUGAAGCCAUUAUGAACAUGCAAGAAAACAGCAUGCAGGUGUCUGCAAAGGUCUUUCAGGGAUGUGGCCAGCCCAAGCCUGCUCCAGCUCUCAGAUCUGCCCGCUCAGCUCCUGAAAAUUUUAAUACACGUUUCAGGCCCUACAAUCCUGAGGAAAGACCCACAACCGCCGCAGGCACAAGCUUGGACCGGCUGGUCACAGACAUAAAAGAGAAAUUGAAGCUGUCUAAAAAGGUCUGGUCGGCACUACCCUACUCCAUCUGCAAGGAUGAGAGCAUGACCGCGGGCACGUCCAACGAAGAGGAAUGCUGGAACGGGCACAGCAAAGCCAGGUACCUGCCCGAGAUCAUGAAUGACGGGCUGACUAACCAGAUCAACAAUCCCGAGGUGGACGUGGACAUCACGCGGCCCGACACUUUCAUCCGACAGCAGAUCAUGGCUCUGCGUGUGAUGACCAACAAACUGAAGAAUGCAUACAACGGCAAUGACGUCAACUUCCAGGACACAAGUGAUGAAUCCAGCGGCUCAGGGAGUGGCAGUGGGUGCAUGGAUGACGUGUGCCCCACGGAGUUUGAAUUUGUCACCACAGAGGCCCCUGCAGUUGAUCCUGAUCGGAGAGAAGUGGACUCUUCUGCAGCCCGGAUGAGCGACUCCCUGCUCUCGUGGUCUCUCAUCUGCACUGCCCUGGCAUUGCAGAGACUGUGCAGAUAA